UCAAACCAGUGCUGCCAAUCGGCCCGGCGAUGUAGAUCCAGAUUUUCUUUCGCAAAUUUCAUGUUUGGGUUUUUGGGCUAAGGCGAGGUAAUGUUUGACCAACGGUCGUAGACGGGUGGAAGGGGUGAAGAAUGUGUGCACAAGUGUGUGGCCAAGUGCGCCAGAAGAAAUAAUCUGUGAGGAAAGUUCCCGGCGACGUUGAUUUGGAAGUGAUUAGCGAAAAUCCGUGUUCUCUUGUGAUGUGGCAAUAAGCAACGAGAUUGGCCACCUUGCGUGAUCCGUGGCCGGUAAUCAAAAGGCACGACAUACCCCGUGACGAAAGACCCACAAGAAGAAUGCUGCAUCGAUCCCCUUGCGAGAAAUCUGUUGGAAAAACGACGUUGAACCCGCGGCCGAUAGCAGCAACAUCCUGUUGUACUGCACAUCAUCAGUAUCGGAACGGCACCAUUGCGAACGCAACCCUACAGCUCAGCGAUAAGCAACAUAACCCGAAUCUCACAAGUCACCGAGCUGUAGAACAACCUUUGCACCGAGCGUCCAGCAUAAGCCCUCUUUCGACGUUAUCAUAAUUGGUUCCAAAAUGCGUACGAUAGUAGCAUAUCUGGCGAGUAGCAUGGGCGAUGUAGACGGUACACAGUUCCUGAAGCUGUCGAGCGCUAUAUUCUAUGGCCUGUCGUCGUUCCUCAUCACGGUCGUCAAUAAAACCGUCCUGACCAGCUAUCGGUUUCCCUCGUUUCUGGUACUUAGCCUUGGUCAGCUCACAGCCAGUAUCAUAGUACUGUUCGUUGCCAAGCGACUCGGCAUCGUCAAGUAUCCAGACUUCAGCCUCGAUAUUGCCCGCCGCAUAUUUCCUCUACCGCUGAUCUAUCUUGGCAACAUGAUGUUCGGACUGGGUGGAACGCAGGCGCUCAGCCUUCCAAUGUUUGCGGCCCUCCGGCGAUUUUCCAUUCUCAUGACAAUGCUCCUCGAACUUGUAGUACUUGGGAUCCGACCCACCUUUUCAGUCAAAGUGAGCGUUUUCGCGAUGAUCGGUGGAGCUAUAUUGGCCGCCGUAGAUGAUCUGUCCUUCAAUCUGCACGGUUACUUGUACGUGAUGAUCACAAACGCACUAUCAGCGGCCAACGGUGUGUACAUGAAGAAGAAACUCGACACAGCCGACAUGGGCAAGUACGGACUCAUGUACUACAAUUCGCUCUUCAUGAUGCUUCCGGCGAUCAUGGGCACGUGGCUAGUGGGGGAUCUUGAUCGAGCCUGGCAGUACGAAGGAUGGGGUGAUCCACUUUUCGCCACUCAGUUCCUGCUUUCCUGCGUGAUGGGAUUCAUCCUAACCUACAGCAUCAUCCUUUGCACGCAGCACAACUCAGCCCUUACGACGACCAUCGUCGGUUGCCUCAAGAAUAUCAGUGUCACCUACAUAGGCAUGUUUAUCAGUGGCGAUUAUGUGUUUUCGUUGCUUAAUGCCAUCGGCCUGAACAUUAGUAUAGCGGGAAGCCUACUAUACACCUACGUUACCUUUCGCAAAAAAUCGAGCAGCAGUUCUGAAGGCUCCACGGCCGACAAAGAGCGAUUGCUUCCGGCUAGUGGUCGCAUUGACAACGUUUGAGAUAGAUUUCUGUGCGGUGCGCUCCGGCGUGAUCUGACAAAACUAACAAAGCCAAAGGGUCAGAUAGAGGGGAAAACGAGGGAACUAUCUAUUUAUUAGGGGGGAAAUGUAAAAAACAUGCAUCCCUAACGGGUGCAACUUGUGAAGAAGCCCAGAUUCGGCCAUCACCGAACCGUGAGGAUUGUGUAUAGUAUAGGUCAAAGGAAAGUGCUGGCUAACGGCUAUUAUGUUCCGUUUUACUUUGCAACUCACUGCAACCGUUCUUGUCAUAGGAGGCCACAAAAACACUAAGCCGAGUAGAUAUUAAAUUUAUCUAAAAAAGAGAACAAUCAAUUUGUACCAUCCCGUUCUGUACAGUUUUACCGCUUAUGUUAGCUGUAGUGAGAAUCCGAACCGAGAGAAUUGUGAGUUUUUAAUGAAACCAAGAAACGCGAAACGGCGUUCAAUACAAAUCGCUGAAGUUAU